AUGAUUGGAGAAAAUAGUAAUGUUGAAUUAAAAAAAUUAAAAGAGAAUUGGAGUAAUUAUUGUUACAUUGACAAACAAAAUGUUGAAUUUGAAAGACCCGAGGAAUGGGCACUUCAAUAUAAAAAUGAAAUUGGUUUACAAGAGGAUGGUUUUCGUUUGGCAUAUUUGGGAGAGGGUAAUGAUGACUUUUUGUUAGCAAUUAAUGAUAAAGAAAGUGGAUUAACAACAAAACAAAAGGAGGAAAUAUUUAAAGAAAUAUUAAGCGACUUUAAUCUUCAAAACGUCACUUUCUUAGAAGCUCAUAAAAUGCUUGGUUUAUCCAACUCUACAACAAAAACAACUUCAGAAAUAGCAGAAACGUCUUCAUCCCAAAAACAAGAAGAAACAUACAAAAGAAUUAAAUUCGAAAUAUUAAAGGUUUUUAAUUUUAGGAAGAAAUCCACAAAAAUUUUUAACUUUCGUCCUUGCCUAAGAAUUUCAAAUAUAUUCGGACUUGGGACAUCAUUUAUCCUUCUGGAACCUGAAAAAGAUUUUUGGCCAAAUUAG